UGUAAAUCGUAAAUAACGUGCAACGGGAUCCAAGUAAUUCUAAAAUUCAUAUCUAGACACGACUACUUAAUAGUUCUAAACAGUGCCCCAGUGUCGUGGACGCGUUUUAAUCAACCUUUCUCUACUAGAACUAUAAUAUGACCACUGGUUUAAUGAUGGAUUAUGAAUUCAAGAUGAAAACUCAGACAGAGAGAGUGAAGGUGGAAGACCUCUUUGAUUAUGAGGGCUGCAAGGUGGGCCGUGGAACCUACGGACAUGUCUACAAGGGAAGACGAAAAGACGGUGGUGCGGAUGUCCGGGAUUAUGCCCUCAAACAAAUUGAAGGCACUGGACUAUCAAUGUCUGCAUGCAGAGAGAUUGCUUUACUAAGAGAGUUGAAGCAUCCAAAUGUAAUCAAUUUAAUCAGAGUUUUCUCUCACAAUGACAGAAAAGUGUGGCUAUUGUUUGAUUUUGCUGAGCAUGAUCUAUGGCACAUUAUCAAAUUUCACAGGGCUGCCAAGGCUAAUAAGAAGCCUGUGAUGGUGCCCAAGGGUAUGGUCAAGUCUUUGCUGUAUCAGAUUUUAGAUGGUAUUCAUUAUUUACACUCAAAUUGGGUGCUGCACAGAGAUCUGAAGCCUGCAAAUAUUCUUGUUAUGGGGGAAGGCCCUGAAAGGGGCAGGGUAAAGAUUGCUGAUAUGGGUUUUGCUCGACUAUUUAAUGCUCCAUUGAAACCACUUGCUGAUUUGGAUCCAGUUGUGGUGACCUUUUGGUACAGAGCUCCAGAAUUGCUGCUUGGUGCAAGACAUUACACAAAAGCCAUAGAUAUUUGGGCUAUUGGGUGCAUCUUUGCUGAGCUUUUAACGUCAGAGCCAAUAUUCCACUGUCGUCAAGAAGACAUAAAAACUAGCAAUCCAUAUCACCAUGAUCAGUUAGACAGAAUUUUCAACGUGAUGGGUUUUCCUCAAGACAAAGACUGGGAAGAUAUCAAAAAGAUGCCCGAACAUCCUACACUCCUCAAAGACUUCAAAAAAUCGAAUUAUCAAAAUUGCUCGCUUAUAAAAUACAUGGAACGACACAAGAUCAAACCAGACAGCAAAGCUUUCCAUUUAUUGCAAAAGUUGCUAUUGAUGGAUCCAAAUAAGCGUAUAACAUCCGAAGUAGCGAUGCAGGAUCCCUAUUUCUCUGAGGAACCUCUUCACACUCAAGAUGUCUUUGCCGGCUGUCCGAUUCCUUAUCCUAAGCGCGAAUUUUUGACCGACGAUGAUCAAGACGAUAAGGCGGAAAGUAAACGUCAACAACAACAGCAGCAGCAGCAACAACAGCAACAACAACAACAGCAGCAACAGCAACAACAACAGCAGCAGCAGCAACAACAACAACAAUCUCAACAGCAGUCUUCUGAUCAGAAUCCUGCAAAGCGGCCAAGACUAGGACCGCCUGGUCAUCAGGGACAAGUGAAUCAGCAGGUCUUUUCAAAGGUGGUGCCUAUUUCCCAACAACAGCAGGACUUCCAUCAGCAACAGAUGAUGUACAACAAUGCCUCGCAACAACAGCAGAACUUUCAGCAGAGAUUCUAACUUCGUUCAUUGAAAUAAUUUAUGUAAUUGUAUUGAUGCUUACUUAGUAAUUAAUACUUAAGGUAUAUACUUGUAAUUAUAUGGUGUACGUUAUAAAAACAAAA